AUGAUUAUUGCUUCAUGCUGCUUCGGAGGUGAACCAAACAACUGCGCUCAUUACGUCUCAACAAAAAUUGGUCUUGCAUUGUUUUGCGUAAUUAUUGCUCUUUCAAUCAUCUAUUUUGUUUACUCUUUAUUAGUAUAUAAAUUUGACCUCAAGAAAUAUAAAAUAAGAUUUUUAUUACAAAUUGCACUGAUAGCAUUUUCAAGUUCAGUUAUGGGAUUGGAGUUUUUCGCAGACGACACCAAUAAUUAUAUUGGUGGUUUCACUUUUCUAUUUGAUUUUGCAGGACCAUCUUUCUUGAUUUCCUUCCUUACGAUCUUAUUUUACUAUCAAACUCUUAAAUUCGCGCAACAAUUAAAUAUUAGCUUUGCUUUUGGAGAACUCACAAAAUACAUCGCGUGGGUAUACUUUUUAUCAACAUUUGCUUCUACGAUAUUCAUUUUACUUCUUGUCCGCUCCGAACCUUCAGUUACAUUUACGUUUGCUUGGGGAUUUUCGACAAUUAUCGAUGAUGUAAUUUUCAUAUUCAUUAUUAUCAUUCCUAUUUACAAGAUCUUAUUUUCUACCCUUCAGCACGAUUCUCUCAAAUUAAUGACAGCGAAAACUAUUUCUUCUAUCGUUGUUACAAGUAUAUUUUGCGUCUGCUUAGUGGGAAGACUUAUCCAAUUAGUUUUCGAUGCAUGGCCAGCCGAUCAAAUCGAUCCCGAUAAUGAUGCAUUGAAUGCAAUUGCAGAUAGAAUCAUGAAUCCAGAUUACUUCGGAUAUCAUGUUAUGAUACUGUUUGCCUGGCACUUCUUAUACUACAUAUAUCAGAAUUGGUAUUUCGACUCAAUUCUCGUCACUGUAGAAGGAACUACGACUACAAAUAGCGUCCAAGGAUCGCUUUACAUUGAAGCAUCCAAGAAAAUCGAAUAA